CUCAACCGAACCUCAUAUGGAUGAUAGUGGCCUAGCAGGUCCUCAGUAGUAUGUGUGAACGUGAGAAACAACGGCAGGGCACCAUCACUGGAUUAUCUCGACUCCGGCCUCCGUUUGUCUAUUUGCUUGUUCUAUUGCUGUCCAGAUGGGCUGCUUUCCCACCAAGCAAUCUCAAAGUUGACCCGGCAGUUUGUAGCGCGCGGCUCCCUAUGUCCACCACAAUUCGCAGUGUCCAGGAAACAACGGACGUCGACGUGAAGGUGGUCGUGCGGCAUCAAGAGCGGCAGUCGCAAGCUCCUUGCUCUUCCGUCUCACUCUCGUCGAUCGAAUCUGGGCCCUUCUUGGGAUUGGUCGAAGAGGCACAAAGGCACCUGACAAGCUGGAACACCGCGUCGUGAAACGGAGGGUGUCUUUUGAGCCCUUCGAUCGCUCGGGACUGCUGCUGCUGUGCAUUGCGUGAAAUGGCGUGGACACUGUACAGCAAAAGAGCAGGCAAAAUCCGUCGCAAUUCGCUUCCCACGCCCCACAAGGCCCUGGAUAGCUAGACUCCCCCUUACCCACGGGCACGCAACCCGCCUCCUGUGAUGGCCGAUUUCCGGCCCACCAAACCCCCAUGCAAUUUGGCACUUUCCACUUGUGCGGCAGGCUCGAGUCGAUGGACGAUGACACGGAGAGCGGGACCGGAGGGGAAGGAGCAGGAUUUAAGCAGCAGCAGCAGCAGCAGCAGCAGGAAGAAGAAGAAGGUGACCCCAUGGGGACGGUGGUGGUAGGGUUCUCCUUCAUGGCCAAGAAGAUGGAGACCAUGGCUGAGGUGGGCCUUUCACACGCGGAGGUGAUGACGGUGGGGCCGAUGGAUGGCGUGGAGUUUUUCCCUUUGAACUUCUCGGAGCGGCCAGAAGAGCACCGGCCUCUGGACGUGAUACUGCACAAGCUCUCGGAGGACAUCAUGUUCAGAGAUGUUCAACCGGAGGGGGAUGCUCGACUAUCGUGGAUCGAGGCGUACCUGGAUCGAAACCCCAAGACCGCCAUCCUCGAUCCGAUUGACAGAGUUUCAAACUGCAUCAAUCGGGUCACUACCCUCAAGCUUCUCGAUGAAGCGUAUCGACGGCACGGGACCGCCGGGGGCAUGCCCCGUCCUCCCCGCUUCAUGGUUCUCGAAGAUCACGAGCCUUCAGAUCCGGGGGCCGAUGGUGGGAUCGUUCCCAGGAACGGUCUCGCCUUCCCCGUGAUCUGCAAACCCGUCGAGGCUUGCGGUACACGUGGGUCGCACACGAUGGUUGUCGUUCUCGACCAAGCCGGCAUGACCGCGCUCACGCCCCCGGUCGUGGUGCAAGAGUGUAGAAGCCACGGCGCCAAGCUCUUCAAGGUGUGUGUUAUAGGAGACGAAGUCCGUGUGCACGAGAGGCCUUCUUUGCCAGACCUUCCUCCCGGACUGACGGGCUCUUUCGUGUUCGACAGCCAGAGGCCUUACCCAACACUAGAAGAGGUCAAGGCUGCCAGUGCCGCGACGCGAGCGAGGUCGGCUCGGCUGCAAGGACAACCGCACACCGCCGGGAACAACGGCGAUGACUCAAACCCGACAUCGUCCUCAGAGGAGGUGCCGGGACAAGUCCGUCAAGCGAACGGAGAGAGAUCCGGGAGUAGCAGCAAGCCGCCGCUCCCGCAACCGAAGGGGCUGAGGGACAGGGACCCGGACAUCCGACAGACUUCAGCUUGUACGCCGACGGGAGCAGUAGCAUCGGCGUCGACGACCACAACAUGGUCGUCGCCAUCGUCGUCCCGGCAACCGAGCAGAGCGAAGCCGUCCCCUAGCCCAGCGGUAUCGCCGGAGGCGGCGGCGGCGGCGGCGGCGGCGACGCUGCCGGCGGCGAGGGCAAAGUCGCCUUUUUUGUCGUUGGAGGCCGCAAGGCUUGCGGCGAGAAGGAUGAGGGAGACCUUCGGACUGUCGCUGUUCGGGUUCGACCUCAUCGUGGACCGGGUCACGGGGGAGACCUUCGUCAUCGACGUCAACUACUUCCCCAGCUUCAAGGACUUGGCGGAUUUUCCGCAGGUGCUCCGACGACGGCUGAAGGAGGUGGUGGCAACAGCCGGUCGCAAGCCCGGAGCUGAGGGUUUGCCGUCAAAUGAGCAAGCAGACUGGUGAUCCGGGGGGAGGGGCGUUGUUGACGCGUGCGUAUACGGCUCAAUCAAUGUGGCUGAAUUAGUUUACAAGUAACUUGUCGGAGAGGAGGAAUGUUAAUGUUGUGUCUCCGUUUGAAAUUGUGUUUGGUGUGGAUUGUGGUCUUACGUGUUUGAAAAUGGUUUCCGAAGUGGUUUCUGCGUUUUUGGAGUUGUUUUCUUGCUGCCCUUAACGUGGAGAAGGUUUACUGAAGGUUUUACUCGCCAAGACUGCUGUGGUUUACGAGGUAGCUAUUUAGUCACAACAUUAUUGCCGCGGGGAGUACAAUUGUAACAAAAUUUUGGGUUGGUUGCCGGCGGAGAAGGCGGCGCGGACUGCCGUGAUUUCGAGCAGAGCGG